UUUGGAUGUUUGUUCUGCGCGCGCCGUCGUCAAGUGACGUUCCCGUUCUCUUGCUAUAUCAGCCUAUUUGAGCGAACAAAACGCGCAAGCUGGGCCACAAAUUAAUCACCUUUCCUCUUGAACUGAAAGGAAUGUAUUACAAACUGCGCAUGUGGGCUGAAAAGUUGUUUUAGUUCUGUUGACCUUUCCCCUUUAGCUUGUGUUGUGGUUGAUACUGUGUCAAUAGAGUUUUUACGGCGGUCAUGCAUAGGAAAUGAUUGCAUAAAAAGAACUUAUUUCCUGAAAAGAACAGAUUUCAGUUUUUGCCGUGGUAACAUCAUGUGAAAACGUUUUAUUUCAUGCUUAGGAGCAGGGGUUUGAGAUCAGUAGCAAGAUAGUCCAACUGGGGUACAAAUAGAAAAAAAAAACAGAUAUAAUGCUCCUCGGAUAGCAACUGUGUGUGGCACGGAACCAUCAGUCUUUGACAGUCUUUGCAGCCAGAAACCACAACCGUUCACAAAAACCUUAACAAUGUGGAAUGCUCUAGAAGAUUUCGAUGUGGUUUUCUUAGUAACGAGCCAUCAUAUGCAUAGAAAAUUGUUAGGCCAAAAUAUUGACUGAUUAUUUCGUUUUGUUAUGUACCCGGGUUAUGUGUUGAACUGGCUCGCAGAGAACCAGAGAAAUUCGAUUAAAUUCCGCGAAGGUAUAGGGUGUCUUGUGCGUCCACCAGGAGAGGGCCCUUUUUUUAAAAUCUCGUUAAGGCGAGAAACAGUGAGGGAGGGGUGGUGAUUGGGUGGUUUGUCCAUCUGAGCCAAAGAAUUUGCGGUUGAUAUGGUGCUGUAGGCAUAACGUAUGACAAUAUACAAACAUUGAAAAUUGGCCGGAGAUCCUUAUACAGUGAGAAAUUCCACAUUUUUCACAUUGCAUGAUUACGAUAAGAACCAGCCUUUGUCGAGCAGCGGAAGUGGCAGUGAUGGGAGACAAACCGCAAUGAUGAAUGAAACUGUUGAAAUGGGGAAUGCAGUUAAAAACGCCAUACCUCAAUAUCCUCCCUGUUUUUAUUUUACAGUUUAUUUUUUUCUGUUUUGUAGGUGAGUUUAACUUCUCGUGAUUCGCAUACACUUAAAGAAGUUAAUCUUAUUUCACUAAAUCUCCCGCGAAAGCCAUUGAUCUGAAGCUGUCACUUCAAAACAACUUCUUCAGUUGAAAGAUCACACCCCAUGAAUGGAAUUUUAUACCCGUUACCAACAGUUGUCGUGACACAGUGAUUUAGACCAUGCUCAUCCGGCUAGGCUAGCCUGGUGAAAUGUAUUUUAUCUCUGCCUUCGUCGUUGGCGUAUUUCUACCCUUUGUCCACACUUGCACAUUAAUUCCAGGAACUGUAUUUUAUAGCUCAACUCAGCGCACAAUCUUAGCACCAAUAGUUUUCCAAGCUAAAGUUCUCAAUACAACAGAAGAAGAACCGCCAGGUCAACUCUUCGAUGUUUGCGUCAAAAUCGAGAGGAUCUUCAAAUCACCGUUUGAAAUUCCUCCAGAGCUGUGCUUUGGAUCCUUUGGAAUUCAAGAAUUGUGUCUGUCAUAUGUCUUCCCAGACACUGAUUACGUGUUCUUUGUGAAUGAAGAUUUCACAGCCAGAUAUGAUGGUUACCCCGUUUCGGCAAUUCAAGUCAGCGAUGAACUCGUCUCCGCCGUGGAGCGCGGUUAUUGCUCUGGAGAAACACCGCCGUUACGUGACAGCUGCGUACCGCCCAAGAUUGAAGAGGAAACCUUUGAACCUGUGAACCGAAUACCGGAAGGGGGGAAAGCUGUCGUUAACUGUCUAGCAAGCGGUUCCUUGCCCGUGAUUACAAACUGGUACCGGGGAGGAGAGCUUGUGUUGGAAAAACAACGAGGGAAUAUGCUGGAAAUCACUGACGCCACCAUGUACGACACUGGCAGAUAUGUAUGCACGGUUAAAAACCCUGCAGGAGAAGCGACGGAGGAGACUUAUGUACAGAUUCUCUCCUCAGCGUGUGGACGCCUGGUCGCAGUCGAUGAAAACGCCACAGUAACAAUACAGAGCCCAAAAUAUCCCUGGCCAUACCGGAAAGCGAAGUCCUGCUCAUGGCGAGUGUGUCCCCCACAAGGAAUGAGGCUGGAGUUUAAUUUCACGACCUUUGACCUUCGUACAUUCGACAAACUGGAGAUUAUCAAUGAGUGCGAUCAGCAUCGCUAUCCGUGGAGAAAAUACUGCGGUUCUAAGGUGUUACCUGGGGUCUUUGUUUCGCGGUGUAACUCGACUUGUAUGCAGAUUGUCUUGAACUCUGGAAUCUUGCCAAACAGAGUAGCCACUGGUUUCCAGGCCACUGUCAGGGCUACGGAUGAAGAAAGUACAGAGUUCAACCUCGCAGAGUUGUUUUGUAGCAGUAACUUAGUCGCCAGAGUUACCCCCACGGUGAAGUUUCAGCUAGGAUUAGAGGUCAAUGUGAUAGUUUUGGAAAUCUUCAAACAAGAUGAACCGGCGACUGUUUUCAUAGACCAAGAAAUCUCCAUCAAGCACGGUUUUACCAUUACAGAUAUGUUUGGCUGUUCGAUUGAUUUCAAACUUGAUUCGGAAUAUUACGUUUUCGCUUCUUACGAGGAAUACGACGACGGCGAGGAACCCAGCUCGUAUGUGAUGGAUUUUGCUGCAGAUCCCCGCAACAAUAACAUGCCCGCGAACUUCGUUCAGCGGUUGAACAGGAUGAAAGAAGAUCCGCCCAAAUGUGAGGCGCUGCCGGCGAAAUGAGUUGCUUGUGGUGGGAGAGGGGGAGAAUGAAAUUAAUUAGGAAAUUAAUAAGGCUUAAGUUAAAAUUUAGUUAGUUGCAGCGGCAUAAAGAGACUUACGCAAAAGACAUUCGCUUAGGAUUUGUUUGUAACUUGCGCUCAACCGAUAAUCAAUUAAGUUUAGCGAUAAAAGCUCACCCGCCAUCAUCGUCAUUUCCUCUCGCAGUUGAUUGGCUCUUAACGAUGACUUCCCAGGACCCCCAAUCUUUUUAGUCACUGACGGGUUGAACUUUGGUGCUGACCAAGACGAUCGUGGACUCUUUAAGCGCGCUUAGCCGGAUGCUAAGUUGCUCUUAAGGCUUGGGGCUGUUCUUUAUGUAUUGUUUUGUUUGGCCAAUCUUUAAAAACCUUGUAAAUUGUGCAGGUCAUUCCGUUGGUUUAGAAGGAGCAUGUAGGAAGUCUACCUGUUCUGGUUUCUGUAGCAUGAAGCGACCGUGAAAUAAAUUGUUUCUGUUAGAGCGGUUUUCAAUUGAGUGUCAAAAAUAAUCAGUAAAUUACUGUGAUUUUAGUUUUACUACGGUUUGAGAUUUACUGACUAGUCUAAUUGGUAGGUUAUUAGCCUGCGUUGUAGGCGUAAACGGAGAAGGAGUAGGGAGGCAACAACGCGAGAAAUAAUGGGAAGGAACGUCCUCUCUCCCUCGCCCCCUCCAUCUAUCCCCGCUCUUGUUCUCCCUCCCCAUCUCCCCUGUUUUACGCCUGCUACGCAAGCUAGGAAGUUAUUGGAUUGGUUUUAACUUUACGACACUCAAUUGAAAACCGCUUUAGUGAAUAAAAUGUGAUCACACGACGUACGAUAAAAUGAAUUAGGUCUGAGGAGUAUGGAUACAUGACUCUUUUACGGUAUUUUAUGUAAUUUGUUUAAUGUUUCUCGCUGGCGUUCACUCUCGUGUAUUUUUUUUUUAUUAUUAUUGGAAAAUAACGGAAAAGAUAAGAGAACAAUUUUUUUUUCUCCGAAUAUUAUUGUUUAGCUGACAAGGACGAAAGAUAAGAAAGUGACGCUUUUCUAAUAAACGUGUGUGGAAAUUUUGCAA